AUGUCUGAUUGCCUACCACACGUUGUUAUUGCUGGUUUAACGAAAAAGUAUACGGCUGAAGAUUUUCGUCAACUUAUAAACGACAAGGCCAAAGACCCCGAAAUAUACACAUAUCAACAAUUAGUUGAAGAACUGCAUUAUAAUACUGGGGAUGCUUUUGCUUUUGUUAAAUUAAAUUCUGAAGAAGCUGCAAACUGUCUUAUUGCUCGUUUAAAUGAGUCAAAAUUGGAGGGAUGUGAUCAAGUUCAUGCGACUUUUAUCCCAAAGUUUGGGAUUGCGUGCAGUCUGUCACAAACGCUCUUCUCUCUGGAAAUUCUGUUGAUGAAGCCGAAGGACCAGAUCCUGCAGCAGAAGGUCCAGAUCCUUGUGGAGAUGGCUCGUGUGAGCGUAGAGGUCAUGGUUGGGCGGCGGAUGAUUCUUUUGAUGACUAUAUAUCUGAUCGAUUUAGUUGGUUUGGUUGGAAACAUGAAGUUGGAAUUACUGAUGACUCUAUCAAACGCAAAGGAUGGGGAACAGAAGAAGACAACGUUGAAUCUUGUGGAACUGAUUCAAGUGCUCCUGUCAAAAAAUAUGAAGAAAACAAUGGACAGCAAGAUGCAAGUGAAAUAA